AUGAAAUAUCUCUUACCUUCAACUCGUACAAAAAUUUCUAGACUCUUUGCCUCUGCAUUAGUUUUGGCCCCAAUUACAUUCCUGUCGACAUUUGAUACGGCUCCGAAUACAAAUAGAUAUCGAUUCAUGAUAUUAUGGCCAUGGGAAGAGCAUAAACUAGUCCAGACAUCAAAAGAAAAUGUUGAAACAGUAAUAGGUUCGGAAGCCUUAGUACCUCCAGAUGAUCCAAGAACUCUGAUGUUUGAACAAGUUUGUCAUCGAUUAUGGCAACAAGGGAUUCAGUAUGAUGAUCAAAAUAAUGAGAUCAAAGAGCCAACCGUUUAUCUUAUAGACAAUGAUGAACUUUUGGAUGGCGU